GGAGGAGGGAAGGAGAGAGAACUCAACUUAAAAACAUACUAAUAACUAUCUCAAGCAUUCACCAAAACAUCCCUGAAGGAAAUGAGGAUGGCAUUCCACUAUAAAUUCAUUGUUCGACCUCCUCUCAUCUUCACAUUUCUCUCUUCUCUCCUUGUUCGUAUCGACCAACUGGGGAUAACAACCAAAAUGAAAAUCCCGAGCCACGGGGGCUAAAGUGAGGACAUCUUGCCAUCUCACCAAAGGCGAUCUGGCUUUUCCUCAUUCAUCUCAGUUUCUCAAGAGACCAAAUGAAACCAACAAAUUAAAAAGAAGGAACUGCUGGCGCUUAGUUCGGAAAGUGAUCAUUCCUAUCCUCGAUGAUCCAGUUCGGAAAAGAGAUAGGGGAAGAGGGGAAAUGCUGAAAAGUUGCCUGCUGUAGUCUGCAUGUAAUUUCUUGGUGUACCACUGCUUGCUGUGGAUGGCUUUGGGAUUUUGUUUUCUCCACCUUCCUCUUUUUCCAGCUUUUUCCUAGUAAGAGUCCAAACGUUAUUAUUUUUUUAGAAAAGAAACCAACAAAGAAAAGUUACACACCGGAACCUCAGCUUUGACAGUUAUAAGUUUUGUUGGCAGCAUUUUCUCCUUCCCUCUUGACAUUUCAUUCAACAUUACAGGCAACAUAUAUGUAUAUAUGUACAUAUACACAUACAUGCGUUCAAGCAUGUGUACAUAUUAAGUAUACAUAUGUGUUUAGAAAGAUAUACAAAUAUGUGGGUAGAUCUACUUAUUUUAAUCCAUGGUAACUUGCAUUGCUGCUUAUUUUAAAAGACCCCCGUCCCCCUUCCAACUUUUUUCUCCCUUCAUCAAUCCUGACUCUGAGAGAGCAAUAUGGUCUUGAAGUUGGCCUCUUCUCUGCUCCUGUUGGUUUUCGAAGUGCACUUGGCUUCCGCUGGCGUCCCGGCUCUACCGGCACCCACCUAUAGUCAAACCUAUCAACUUCCACCAAUUGCAGCAGAGACAGCAGAAGCUCAUCUCCGCUCCCAGCCGCAGAAGGAGAUGCUUCAGCAGCGGCAGCGGCAGCGGCAGCGGCAGCGGCAGCAGCAGCAGCAAAAGUACCCUCAGCAGCCUCCUUACACCCUCGCUACCAACCGCAAAACUCGCGGUCUAGUGCAAAACAUUGACCAGCUUUACUCCGGAGGAGGCAAAGCGGGAUACCUCCUCUAUGUGGAGGGAAAGAAGUUUCUCCUGGAUUUGGAACAAGACGGCUCCGCGGGCUUCCCAGAGUUUUUGAAGGCCGGUCAGCAGGAGACCUGGCCUCCAUCUCCACGCCACUGGGAUCGCUGCUUCUACCGCGGCACUGUGGACGGAAGCCCCCGCUCUCUGGCCCUCUUUAACCUCUGCGGAGGGCUGAAGGGCUUCUUCGCUGUUAAACACACCCGCUACACCAUCAAGCCGUUGUUGCUGGGGACAAGGGAAGCUGGAGAGGGGCGGCUUUAUCGGGGUGGCUCGUUCCAGGGGCUGCACGUCUUCACUAGAGAGGGCUUCAGUUUCAAAACGCUGAAGCUUCGCAGCAGCUGCGAGACCCCGAGCCCUCCCAGGACCCGCCAUAGACCACCAGGAGCAGCUCCUACGGAGGCGUUUCAGAAGCAACCAUCUCCGCAGCCCUUGGCGGCACCAGCGGCCGAACCACCCAAGGGGUGGCGACGUCAGCGGCGCUCCAUCUCCAGGGCCAGGCAGGUGGAGCUGCUGCUUGUGGCGGAUGUAUCUAUGGCCAAGAAGUAUGGCCGGGACUUGCAGCAUUACCUGUUGACUUUGGCCUCCAUUGCUUCCCGGCUUUACAGUCACCCAAGCAUCGAGAACCACAUCCGCCUAGCAGUGGUGAAGGUGGUGGUGUUGGAUGACAAGGAGAAAGGGUUGGAAAUAAACAAGAACGCGGCCACUACGCUCAAGAACUUCUGCAAGUGGCAACACCAACACAACCAGUUGGGAGAUGAUCAUGAGGAACAUUACGAUGCAGCUAUUCUCUUUACCCGGGAGGAUUUAUGUGGGCAUCAUUCAUGUGAUACUCUGGGAAUGGCAGAUGUUGGGACCAUAUGCUCUCCUGAGCGCAGCUGUGCAGUGAUUGAGGAUGAUGGCCUCCAUGCAGCUUUUACAGUUGCUCAUGAAAUUGGACACCUACUUGGACUAUCUCAUGAUGAUUCUAAAUUUUGUGAGGACAACUAUGGCGCCAUGGAAGAUAAACGCUUAAUGUCUUCCAUCCUAACUAGCAUCGAUGCUUCCAAACCUUGGUCCAAGUGCACCUCAGCAACCAUUACAGAGUUCUUGGAUGAUGGUCAUGGUAACUGUUUGCUGGACUUACCAAGAAAGCAGAUCCUGGGCCCUGAAGAGCUCCCAGGACAGACAUAUGAUGCUAUCCAUCAAUGCAAGCUGGCAUUUGGGCCUGAGUACACAGUAUGUCCUGGCAUGGAUGUCUGUGUUCGCCUGUGGUGUGCAGUUGUUCGACAGGGCCAAAUGGUGUGUCUGACCAAGAAGCUGCCAGCUGUGGAGGGGACGCCAUGUGGGAAAGGAAGGAUUUGCCUUCAGGGCAAGUGCGUCGACAAAACCAAGAAAAAAUAUUAUUUGACAUCAAACCACGGCAACUGGGGUUCCUGGGGCUCCUGGGGCCAAUGUUCCCGCUCGUGUGGGGGAGGAGUUCAGUUUGCUUUUCGCCAUUGUAAUAAUCCAGCACCUAGAAACAAUGGACGGUACUGCACUGGAAAGAGAGCCAUCUAUCGCUCCUGCAGUGUCAGCGAAUGUCCAGCAUAUGCUAAACCCUUCCGUCAGGAGCAAUGUGAGGCUAAAAAUGGAUUUCAGUCGGAUAUAAAAGGGAUCAAAACCUUCGUGGAGUGGGUCCCCAAGUACGCAGGCGUGCUGCCUGCAGAUGUGUGCAAGCUGACCUGUCGAGCCAAAGGAACGGGCUACUAUGUGGUAUUUUCCCCAAAGGUCAAGGAUGGAACUGAAUGUAGACCAUAUAGUAAUUCAAUCUGUGUUCAAGGGAAGUGUGUGAGAACUGGCUGUGACAACAUUAUUGGUUCAAAGCUCCAAUAUGAUAAAUGUGGAGUGUGUGGAGGAGAUAAUUCCAGCUGUACAAAGAUCAUGGGAACAUUUAAUAAAAAAAGUAAGGGUUACACAGACGUGGUGAGGAUACCGGAAGGUGCCACCCAUAUCAAAGUCCGACAAUUCAAGGCAAAAGACCAGAACAGAUUCACGGCUUACUUAGCCCUGAAGAAGAAGAGUGGUGAGUACUUGAUCAAUGGCAAGUAUAUGAUAUCUACAUCGGAGACCAUUAUCGACAUCAAUGGGACCGUCAUGAACUACAGUGGUUGGAGCCACAAGGAUGACUUCCUGCAUGGGAUGGGAUAUUCAGCUACAAAGGAGAUUCUUAUAGUUCAGAUUCUUUCCACAGACUCAAGCAAAGCAGUCGAUGUUCGCUAUAGUUUCUUUGUUCCCAAAAAGUCAGCAUCCAAAUCAAACGUGGUCAGUAAUCAUGGAAGCAACAGAAUGGGAUCACAGACCUCCCAGCUGCAGUGGGUUACGGGGCCAUGGCUUUCCUGUUCCAGAACAUGUGAUACAGGCUGGCACACCAGGACUGUGCAGUGCCAGGACGGACACCGGAAAUUAGCAAAAGGAUGUCUCCUGUCACAGAGACCCUCAGCGUUCAAGCAGUGUUUGCUAAAGAAAUGUUAGCAUGUGCUUAUGAUUUGGUGGGGGGAAAAAACCAUAAUUAUGCAAACCAGCACUGGCAUGUGGAGAAUUCUAAGCUUCGUUGUAAUUAUUUUCAUGGUUCAAAUUAUGGGCAGAAUUUGCAUUUCAAACCUUGGCAUAUGACAAAGAAAGUCCUGCCAAUUGCUAUAAGUCCUCUAGUCCUAAAAGAAAUAGAAAAAUGAAUGAAUGUAAGCUCAUAAGUUAUUUGAAGAUUACAAACCGAUUUCCCUUUUAUCACCUACCUCUUAACGAAUGCCUUUGAAGACAUCAUAAUUUUCAAUCAUGGUUUAUUUUUGCUGUUUGUAAAUACAUAAUCUUUUCUAUAACUUGAUCCUAUUAAGAAUAAUUCAUUCUAUACAUAAAAUGAUUGACCAAAGUAGGUCUGCAGCUGUUUUCAGUUUCACCCAUUUUCCCAAAAGAGCUGUGGAUAUUUUACCGGAAAAAUAAGCUUGCUGUUGAUAGUAGAUAAUAUAUUUUUUAAAAGACAAAUAGUAUGAAUUUAUAUAAUUUUAAAAAUUCUUGAGCAGAGAUUAUCAGAAUACUUAUCAACAUAUACAGUGGCUUUCUCGUCUGACAUUGGAUAUGUACCUGUAUUUUUCAGGUGGGCAGCCAAAUUGAUUAGAACACGUUUUGUGUGCACGUGUCUAUGUAUGUCCAUAGAAUCUGGGAUUUUUACAAACUUCAGUGGGGGUGGGAUGUUGAAAUUUAGCAUUUAGAUAAAAUAGCAAAUAUUUUACAAAAUCUCAACUAUGCAUUUAUUCUUCAUUGUUUUCUUCCUGUGGCUUGCAACUGGAAUCUAAAGUGUCGUGGGUCUAAGAAGAGCAUUUGGAGAAGCUCUGUUUUCCUUGAGAAUGAAAGACAUGCAGGAAAUAGUAUUGUGUCUCUAGUUAACACCUUUUGGGCUAGCGUCUCCCUUACCAGAACACAUACAAUGUACUGUUUAUCUGUUUUGUUUUGUUAAAAAUUAUAGCCCAAAAGGAAUUAGUGUUCUGAUCCCCUCACAUAUUUAGUUUUGCUAAAAGUAUUAAGUGUCCCUCAGAAAUUAACAACAUCUUGAUGUAGUUGCCAUCAGUGCAAGAUGUUUUUUCAUGUAGAAGGUAACUAUUUUUAAGAGAAAAAUUAUUGGUAUAUCAAACACUACAUGCUAAAGAUUUUUUUUUCCCAAAUGAAAAGCAUAUUGUUGUAGUAGUCAUAUACUUAUAGGAUAUAAAAUUAACCCUAAAAUGAAAAUUACUCCCUUCCCCAACUAAUUUUUGGUUAUACGAGUUUAAAAUCUGAAAAUAUAUCAGCCUUUACAAUAUUUAAACUACUAAUAACAUUUAGACAAUCUUAUUUUUUAAAUCUUAAAGAAUCAUAGAGAGCCACCCUUGGAGAAAUCGUAACGUCCUUUUAUUCGAGUAUAUUUCAUGCUAUAAUACUGAAAGACACAAUAGAGCUUAUAGAGUCAUAACCUGAAUUUUGAUGUACUGUGUUUGCAUAAAGCCAGGUGUGCUUAGCAUCCAUUGAUUUCACUGGUUAUUUAGAAGCGUUUAACCUUCGAGAUUCUCAAUCUUUGGCAGAAGAAGGAAAAACUAUUUGGCAUUGACAAAAUUCAACCCACACUGAUCCGGUUGUUUUCCUGACACAUAAACAUGCCAUGUUUAAAUCCCCCUUUUUAAUUUGUCUUUUUACUGAAGUCUUUCUGUAUAUUGCAAUGACCUAAACUUCUACUUUAUUUGCAUUCUAUUUUAGCAUAACACCCACCUUGUUAUCCUGGCAGCCUCAGAGCCCAACCAAUGUAUUUAUUCAAAGCAUUUUUUCUUGAUUUCUCCCUGAUGUGACCCGAUCUCUCCACCUGAUCAAAAUACAUUGUAUGUGAUUCUGUUCAAAAUCAGUUGAAGUUGUUUGCUUAUAUAGCCAGACCUCACAUUUCAGCUAAUUGUUUGGAUGCUCCAUAGAUAGAUCCAUAAUUCUGCACCAUUUGGUUGAGAUACAUGCAGAUGGGAGGAUUUACAGGACGUGACCUCUCCCAGUCCUGAGCCUGUGGUACUAUAAAUAUGCUUCCGAUUCCUUACGUCUGAACAUUUCUAGGAUCCUUGAAGCUCAGGGAGGCUCCCUCCUGACCAACCCGAGUAUAAUCAAAACCAUUGCAUGCAUUCCUGAUUCUCUGUGAUGGAGCCAUAAAAUAUUGUAGAUAUAAGAAAUAAGUGGUGCUUCCAUUUCUUUUCUGAAAAAAGAUAUUCUUCUUAAAUAGUUCAUCUGCAAUAUUUGUGUUUAUUACUCAAGAUGACGUGGAGAAUUUUUUAAAACCACUAUAUCUAACUGCUCUAUUUAAAGGACCCUGUUUCUUUCGUUCAAGCAGUAUCCUCCACUAUUAUGGAUGGAUAUAGGUAGAAAAACUAUGAAUGUAUGCCCAAGGAUAGAAUUGCUAAGACUGGCCAGUGUAGUUCAGAGGAAUGGCUACUUCUACAUCUCUAAAGAAUAAUGAGUGCAGUUAGGGAAAUAGAGAGCAACCCAAGCUUCUUGGGUCCCUUCCUGCUCUAAUUCUAUGAUCCUAUAGAUUUGAUUUUUCCACUUAGAAGUGCGAGGCAGCAUGGUACAUUAAAAAAAGUGCUGGAUUUGGAGUCAGAGGACCUGGGUUCCAAUUCCUUCUUUAUUAGUUAUGAUAUUUUAAAAUAUUUCUAUGUCUAUAAAAUGGGAGGGUUUACAGGAGAUGACCUUUAAGGCAUCUUCCAAUUCUGAUUCUGUAAUCCUAUAAACAUGCCUUCGUUGCAUUAUGCCUAAAAAAUUCUGGGGUGCUUAAAGCUCAGGGCUGCUUCCUCCUAACAAACUUGAGUUGAGUCAAAAUCCUCAUGUUCGAUGACAAUGAAAUUUCACCCACAAAAGUUAGUAACUCCUGGCAUUUCUUCCCUUCUGAAGAAAAAAGGACUAGAGAAAAAGAGCUUCAUUUUCCCGUUUUAAUAUUGCUUCCAUAUUUAAAAGGACUUACUAAGACAUUCUCAUGGAUGUGGCAAAUUCAAGUCCUUUUACUCUUCUAGCUAAGUAAUUUCAUCCCACUAAAGAAAAAAGCAAGAAUUCAGUCACAAAGAUAAAAAAAGAAAUAUUGCACUGAGAAAGAAUUUACUGUUUUUGCACCUGGUAUGUGAACUUGUGUGAUUUGUGAAAUUAUUUAUUUUUAUUUAAUAAAAUUGUCAAUUCUGCAAAUUCUUCUACAUGUAACAUGUUAUACAUCUAUUGUGUGUAUAUAUCAUAUACAUGUAUGCAUAUAUAACACAUAUAAAUGUUUUGCUUGAUGCCCUCAUUUUAAAAAGUUACGCUUUCUA